AUGGGGGGUCCCAGGGACCCCCGGGAGUUCUCGCAGGGCGGCGAAUGCACCGAGUGCCACCCGGAGUGCGAGCGCAUCGACGGCGGCGCCACCUGCAACGGCUCGGGUGCCGACACCUGCACGCGCUGCGCCCACUAUCGCGACGGGCCGCACUGCGUGGAGCGAUGUCCCGAUGGUGUCCUGGGGGAGCGCGGCCCCAUCUACAAAUUCCCCGACGGGAGCCGCGAGUGCCGGCCCUGCCACGAGAACUGCAGCCGGGGGUGUGUGGGGCCGCUGCUGCGGGACUGCCUGGGGGACACCCUGCCCGUGUCCAGGCGGACCCCGACGCUGAUCGCGGUCAUGGUGGUCGGGGCCGUGUUCCUCUCGUGCUCGCUGGUGCUGCUGGCGCUGCUCUACUGGCGGGGCAAGAAGAUCCAGAAGAAACGGGCGAUGCGGCGCUACCUGGAGCGGGGCGAGAGCCUGGAGCCGCUGGACCCCAGUGAAAAAGCCAACAAGGUCCUGGCCCGGAUCUUCAAGGAGUCGGAGCUGAAGCGCCUCAAGGUCCUGGGCUCCGGCGUCUUCGGCACCGUGCACAAG